UGUUUGCUUCUAGAUACAUUUUAAGCAAUACCCUUUACUUUAAUUUCAAAUUUGAAAAGAGAAACUAACUCAAAAAUAUUUGUUACAAUUAAGCUUAUAUUUUCCUAUAAAAAGUAUCACUUCCAAUAUGAGCUGUCGUUCCAAUAACUCUGUAAUGGCCAUUGUGGAAAGGACACAGAAGUGUUUGUCAGAAACCUUUGCAAAAUAUCAGCAAAAAGUAAGCCAUGAAGCCUGUGAAGCCGUUCGUCGGGUGAUGAGCAAAGAUCCUCCGAAUAUUAUGGAGGCCUCGAAUACCUGUAGGCUAUUAUGUCGAAACCGUAAAAAACUAAGAAAAGAAGGGUUUCUCUCCGUAGCUUUGUUCCUUACAAUACUUUUAUUUUUCUUGCUGGGAUUGCACCUGGUUCGUGUCUAUCAUCGCACCUGUGCCUAUGGAGAGGGAGGAUGUUUGUCAACGGGCUUCUGGUUCUACGAAGAGUGUCAGAUAGUCACAUGAAAAAAAAACUUUCUUAGUUUGUUUAAUUUAUUAUUGACAAUGAAGAGUAAGCUAAUCAGAGCA